AUGUCGUCGAUUGUAGCUGUUGUUUUUGAAUAUAUACAAGCAUUUUUAAUACUUAUUUAUUAUUGGAUUAAAGCAUUGGGAAGUACGUUAUUUGUUCAAAAAAUAGUCAAAAAUGUUGAAAAUGAUAUUAUUCUUAUUACUGGAGCUGGUUCUGGACUUGGCCGAGGUAUAGCUAAACGUUUUGCAUAUUAUGGUGCAACUGUAAUUCUAUGGGAUGUUAAUGAAAAAGGAAAUGAAGAAACAAAACGACAAAUACUUGCUGAUUAUCCUCGUACUAAAGUUUAUUCUAUGAAAGUUGAUUUAUGUGAUCGAAAUGAUAUCUAUCGAGUUGCUCAACAAGUUAGAAAUGAAGUAGGUGAUGUAACAAUGAUUAUUAAUAAUGCUGGUGUAGUAAGUGGAAAACCAUUAUUAGAUAUUGAUGAUGUAUCUAUUCAACGAACAUUUGAUGUUAAUAUUAUUGCUCAUUUUUGGGUUCUUAAAGCAUUUCUUGGUCCAAUGUUAGCAUUAAAUCGUGGUCAUAUUAUUACAAUUGCUUCAAGUGCCGGUUUAUUUGGUUAG